AUGCCUGUCGAUUCCUUUGUGUUUGAUCAUAAGGCGUAUCGCCAAAAUAAAGGACGAGCAUCUUUGCAAGUGUUGUAUUUCCUCCCAAAUUCGACAUAUAUUGAUUUGUAUGUGGAUUUGGAGCUGACAGGUACUUCUAGGUCCCAUUUGGAAGUAGGGACAACUAGUGGUGGGCCGAAUGUGGAGAAUGUCGAUUACAUGGAAGAUGAUGAUGUGGGUGGACCGAAUGUGGAGGAUGGCGAUCACAUGGAAGAUAAUCACGCAGAAGAUGAUGAGGACUACACAUUGAUAAGUGAUCAAAGCGAUGAAAACCAAUCAAUCUCCGAAGGAAGUCGGGAGAGUGAUGAAGAGGUCGAAGACAAAUUCGCCACAAAGGACAGGCACAUAUAUCGUUCACAGGCGUGGAACAUAGAGCAAAAGAGAGAGUAUUAUGUGAAGGAAAGUGAUGGUUCAACGUGGGCAUGGGAGGGAAGGAGAAAAGCUAUCGGUCUUGUUUACGGCGACUGGGUUUUCAAUUUUGACAUACUUCCAAGGAUAUUUGAGCUAUUAUGGAGAAUUUUAACUAUGGAUAGGGAGAGACUCCGUAUUAUGGUUAUGAUUCUGAAUAUGGAGACUGUCCUACAUAUCAAGAAGAUCCGUACUCUUGGAACAAUUCGUCUUCUGAUCCUUACUAUGGUUGUGAUUAUCAAGGGUAUUCAUUUGAUGCUGGGAAAUUUGCUUAAAUUGAAUAAGAAUGAGAAGAUUUCUGAAGAUAAUUCAUUGGUCCAGUCUCCCCAACCACCAUCUCAAAGUGAGCUUGAAUGUGAAGAAUUAGAAGAGACCGAAGAGAUUAUAAGUCUAGAUAUUACAAGUUCUCCUGAUUCUUCUGGUAUAUACAUAGUAGUUAAGCUUGAUUCGCUCAUUCUGAGAGUUGGUGACAAGGAUGUAGAUCAAGUUGAUUUUGAUGAGAAUAACAUUCCUAUAGUUUCAAAAGAAGGGUUUGAAGUAGACACAUGUGGUGAAGUUUUCCCUAGUAUAAGAGAUUUUGAGGAUGAUGCGAAAAAUGGUUCAAUGAAAGACCAAGAAAAGGAUAAAUGGUACAAGAUUGAAUUUGAGAAACAGGAUGUUGCAUUGUUGGAGUAUAAAUUUAUAUUUUCUCAUGGAAAGGAGAACCACUACAAGAGAUUCAUUGUUGCUGCUGAACAUGGUUUAUUCUGGUAUCGAGAUGGGUACUCUGACUGA